AGUUGGGAAGCGUCGAUAGGCGGGGACAAUAGUGGGCCUGGCUCGUGCGUUUGGUUGUGUAGACUCUGAGGAGCUGAUUUGGACUGGAUAUCAUCUCACCUUCUUUUUGGGACAACUUCAUACACAGAUGUUAUCAUAAUCCAGUGGAUAGGUGCUUGGAAUAGUUCUGGAUCCAACUCAUAUUUUUGUGUUUUUCCUCAUGGAUGGCAUGGCUUUUGAAGAAACGUGAUUUUUCAUAAGUGUUUGCAAACUUGUGGGACAAACUAAGCUAAGUUACUGUUCAAGUGAAGUUUCAUUCCAAAGAUGGAUCAGCAGGCAGCUGGAGGGGAAGACCCCAAUAAACCCUCCAAAAAGAAAUCCAGUGAGGAUGAGAGCAAAAACAAAAAACUGAACAUACACAUAAAAACAUUGGCUGAUGACAUGCGUGACAGAAUCACCAGUUUUCGAAAGCAAGGCACGAAGAAGGAGAAGCCUCUUAUCCAGCACCCCACAGACCCCAUCUCCAACCAGACCGAGCUGCCUGUGCCCCAGCCUUUUUUCGACGAGCGCUCAAUGAACCUGUCAGAGAAAGAGAUCAUCGACUUGUUUGAGAAAAUGAUGGAGGACAUGAACCUGAAUGAAGAGCGUAAAGCCCCUCUGCGAGGAAAGGACCUGAGCACCAAACGGGAGAUGGUGGUCCAGUACAUUUCUGCCACGGCCAAAUCUAUAACUGGGAGCAAAGUUGCGGGUGGACUGAGGAACAGCAAGCACGAGUCUACGCUAUCGUCACAAGAGUACGUGCAUGAGCUGCGCUCGGGCAUCUCCGAAGACAAACUGCUCAUCUGCCUGGAGUCCCUGCGUGUGUCCUUGACCAGCAACCCAGUCAGCUGGGUGAAUAACUUUGGCCAUGAGGGUCUCGGACUGCUUUUGGAUGUGCUGGAGAGGCUUCUUGACAAGAAACUGCAAGAGAACAUUGACAAGAAGAACCAGCACAAACUCAUUCAGUGCCUCAAGGCCUUCAUGAACAAUAAGUAUGGCCUCCAAAGGAUUUUGGGGGACGAGCGAAGCCUCCUCCUCCUCGCAAGGGCGAUUGAUCCCAAACAGACUAAUAUGAUGACCGAAAUUGUCAAGAUUCUGUCAGCUGUUUGUAUCAUCGGAGAGGAGAACAUUCUGGAUAAGAUCCUGGCAGCCAUGACCAUUGCAGCAGAGAGGAAUAAUAAGGAGAGGUUUGCUCCGAUAGUGGAAGGGCUGGAGAACCACGAAGCCCAGCAGCUACAGGUGGCUUGCAUGCAGCUGAUCAAUGCCCUUGUUACCUCCCCGGAUGAUUUAGACUUCAGGAUACACUUACGAAAUGAGUUUCUGCGUUGUGGCCUCAAGAAGAUACUACCAGAGCUGAAGGAGACGGAAGAGCUGGACAUUCAGCUGAAGGUGUUUAAUGAAAAUAAGGAGGAGGAUUCCAUCGAACUGUCUCACCGACUAGAUGACAUCCGUGCAGAGAUGGAUGAUAUGGGUGAGGUGUACCAUCUCCUGUCCAACAUGGUGAAAGACACAGGCUCAGAAUCUUACUUCCUAUCCAUUCUCCAGCACCUGCUGCUCAUCAGGAAUGAUUAUUAUAUCAGGCCUCAGUAUUACAAGGUGAUCGAGGAGUGUGUGUCCCAGAUUGUCCUCCACCGCAGUGGGAUGGACCCUGAUUUUGCCUACAGGGAGAGACUGGAUGUGGACUUCAGUCACCUCAUCGAUCAGUGCGUGGAUAAAGCCAAGGUAGAAGAGAGUGAGCAGAGAGCAGCAGAAUUCUCCAAAAAGUUCGACGAGGAGUUUAGUGCACGGCAGGAGGCACAGGCCGAGCUGCAGAAGCAGGAGGAGAAAAUCAAAGUGCUAGAGACGCAGAUCAACACCCUGCAGGCCCAGUUGACUAGUGAGAGAGACAAGCUAAGAGAGGCAGAGAAAAGCAUCAGCGAAAGAAACAGCAAGGUUGCAGCAGGACCUGGAGCAGCCAGUGCCAUUCCUCCACCACCUGCAGCAGGGGGCAUUGCACCACCUCCUCCUCCGCCCCCUCCACCGCCCCCAUGUGGUGGUAUACCUCCUCCUCCACCUCCUCCUCUACCUGCAUCUCUGGGACCUCCUCCUCCUCCACCUCCACCCGGCUUCGGACCUCCGCCUCCACCUCCUGGAGGAGGCCCGCCCCCACCUCCGGGUAUGCCUUUGGCUCCUCCUCCGCUCGUUGUCCAACUUCCUUAUGGGCUGGUGCCCAAGAAGAUCUACAAACCUGAGAGCGUGAUGAAGAGGGUUAACUGGUCCAAGGUAGUGCCUCAGGAGAUGGCGGAAAAUUGCUUUUGGCUCAAAGUCAAAGAGGAGCGGUUUGAGAGUGCGGACAUGUUGGGCCAGCUUUCACUGUCCUUCUCUUCUAAAUCUAGAGUGAAAAAGGACGUGGAAGAAACAGAUGACAGGAUGACACAAUUCAAGAAAAAAGCAAAAGAGCUGCGAAUUCUGGAUGCCAAGACAGCUCAGAAUCUGUCAAUUUUCCUGGGAUCAUUCCGGCUGCCUUAUGAAGAGAUCCGUGAUAUCGUGGUGCAGGUGGAUGAGGAGAGGCUAAGUGAAGCAUUAAUCCAGAACUUGAUCAAAAACCUGCCUGAGCAGAAGGAGCUGAGCAAUCUGGCAGAGCUGAAAAACGAAUAUGAGGAGCUUUGUGAAUCAGAACAGUUUGGAAUUGUGAUGAGCUCAGUCAAGAUGCUGCGUCCGCGACUAAACGGGAUCCUGUUCAAGCUGACGUUCGAGGAGCAGGUGAACAAUAUCCGGCCGGAUAUCAUGAACGUGACAUUCGCCUGUGAGGAGGUAAAGAAGAGCGAAGGUUUCAGCAUGCUCUUGGAGAUGGUGCUGCUGGUCGGGAAUUACAUGAACGCUGGCUCCAGAAAUGCUCAAACAUUCGGCUUCAACAUCAGCUUCCUCUGCAAGCUUCGUGACACAAAGUCAACAGAGCAAAAUACAACUCUUCUGCAUUUCCUGGCUGAGAAAUGUGAAGAAAAGUAUGCAGAGAUCCUGAAGUUCCCUGAUGAGCUUGAGCAUGUUGAAAGUGCUAGCAAGGUAUCUGCCCAGAUCCUGAAAGCCAGCCUGGACACAAUGGAGCGGCAUAUUCAGAGGCUGGAGAACGACAUCCAGAACUUCCCCAAGACUGAUGACAAGCAGGAUAAGUUUGUUGAAAAAAUGUCGGGCUUCUCCAAGCAUUCGCGAGAGCAGUACGAGAAGCUCUCCACCAUGCACAAGAAUAUGCAGAAGCUCUACGAGAGCCUGGGGAGCUACUUCGCCUUCGACCCCCACACAGUCAGUGUCGAGGACUUCUUUGGAGACCUGGCUAACUUCCGCAACCUCUUCAUGGAUGCUGUGCGGGAGAACCACAAGAAGAGGGAGAUGGAGGAGAAGAUCAAGAGAGCCAAGCUAGCAAAGGAAAAGGCUGAGCGAGAGAAACUCGAAAGACAGCAGAAGAAGAAGCAGUUGAUUGACAUGAACAAAGAAGGUGACGAGACGGGUGUGAUGGACAGCCUGAUGGAGGCCUUGCAGUCUGGAGCAGCCUUCCGUGACCGCAGGAAACGAACCCCACGCAAUGGUGAUCAAAGCCCUUCCUGUUCUGCACCUCGGUGGCCGGGUGCUAACCAUGACGCUGCCUCCGGGAAAAGCAGACAACCGUCGCACUGGUUUGGAAAGAUCUCGUUCACGCCACAAUGCAAACCCUAUGGUCCGAUGAUUGCUUGCCGGCUAAGGACGUUUGCCAAGUGCCAAAGACCCAAGAGUGGGGACAAUGCUGAGGAGGGCUGAACAGGGAUGGAGAGAGAGCCCCUCGGCAUUCACAUACAUACACACGCACUUGCAUACAGAACACAGAACAAACUUCAAGAUGUGCUUCACAGCUCCAGACACGGCAUCGCAGGAUCACACGACACUCAUUUCUCUCUGAAGCCUUAUUCUUGGUGUAUUGGUCUGUUCAAUUUGGCUGUGUUUGUUUGUUAUUUUCACGAUUACGCCUGCUCUGUUUAUAUCUCUCGAUGCUAACUCCCCUGAUCUAUCUCAUGUCCACCUCGCUAUCUGCAAACAAUCAAUGAUUGGCUACGGUUUGAUCUCUCGCUAUUGGAUUUUUCGACACACAAACACGCUCUUGUUGACAAAAGGCCAAAAGCACCGGAAAGGACUGCGUGAUUCUGUAUGUAUAUCAGCAAAGGGACUUUAUUUGCUGUGUAGAUUGAACAAAACCUUGACUUGACUGAAUCUGCCUGCCCCUUUUGUUUUUCUUGACAGAUAAAUUUAGAUUUCCAGUCUGUAAUACCCACCAUCAGUCGUAUAAUCUCUGAUCACCUCCUAGUUUCAUAUAUUACAAAUCCUAUGUAUGUAGAGACAUGAAAAAGCUGCUGAAAUUGGCUUCAGUGCUACCGUCUGUACAUAUUUGUGCUGUUUAAGAGCUGCCAGUGCCACAAGGUACCUGAGGUGGUUGAAAGAUAUUGCUCUUUAUCUACGGUAAACACUUCAAACAUUCAUAGAUGUUUCUCUUGCAGAGUCAAAGGUUUUAUUAAGUGAAUCUGCAGGUAUGUGAAGCAAAUACAAAUCAAAGAGAUGCCAUUCAUUUCAGUCUUCAAACAUGUCACAGGUUUUCUUCGUGAUUUAUUUCUAAGUCACUGUGCUUUUAGCUUUUAGCCCUCUUGUAGAAGAGUAUUUUAGUGAACUGUAGCUUAGGUUUUUUAAGAUCCAGUGGUCAUCUUUAAGAGCUCUUCCUUACUGACCUACCACAUUUACCUCGCCAACUAAGCUCUAUCUGAUGUUUGAAAACUGUCCAAAACAGAAGGAGUGUUUAUCAGAUUUAGUACUCAAAGUUCGUCUUUUACAAUUUGUAAAAUAUGUAUUUAUUCACAGUUUGCCAGAUUUUGCCCGAAGCCUUUGAUAUGUGAACAUUAACCCGAUUCCAGUGAGGAGUUCUCUUGGAUAUGAGGAUGUACAGCUGUACACAGUGACAGUGAGGUGAUGUUCACAACAUGAUGGCUGUUGUCAUGUGAAAACCAUUAGUGAAAUCUCUCCACCACCUUCCCUCAUUGUUGCUCGUUGAGUAGUCAUUUUCCAUAAUGUUUUCUGCCCCCCAUGUCCAUAACACCGCAGGCAACGGUAUGUAAAACAGUAUCUUAUGGGUGACUGGAGCCAUACUGACUCUCAUACUGGUACAUGCCACACAGAAAUCAUCUGCUUUUGUAAAUUAAGGCAACGUGUUAAGUUUGCACACCCAAUGCAAGUAUAUACAGUACAACUGUAGUGUGGUGAAGAACAUCUCGCUGUUAGACAAACCACUUUUAGUCAAGCUUUCUCCUCACUUUUUUUUUUGUCAUAAACUCUCUCAAGAGAGAGAGAGAGAGAGGGGGGGGGGUUGAGAUGCAGCAAAUCGCAAUCCAUUGAUUUGCUUUUCUAAUUAAAACUGCCCUUUGAAUGGUUUCCAGCACCACGCAACAAAAGCUGCACUCGGCUCUCAUGACUCACUGUUGGUUAUUUUAAACUCAUGUUAAUGGUAAUUACAGCAUCCACACACUGUCAGUGCAGACACCUCCGACAUACAUUGUUAUUUUCCAGUCAGACUCCAGUUACAUAUGUUAUGUCACUGGCUCCAGAUCAUUUUUAAUCUUUCCGGGCAAAAACAUUUUUUUUUAGUAAUCUUGAUAAAGUUUUGAUAAAUGUGCCAAACUUUCACAACGCAAAAGUUACUAUACUGAGAUUUGAUCCUAUGAUUAUGAUAAUUAAUGGAAGACGAUUUUGUUCACAUCACAUUAUUAUUUUCUGUAUGAUGACAGUAAAGUGUCAUCUUAUACAAGACCGAAUCUAGCAGCAAUGCAGCCAUUCAGUUAAGGCUUGGGGAUGUCAUAACUCUAUAACGCUAAUGUCAGAUGUCUAUGUCUAUGAAAGAUACUUCAAAAUGAUGUGUAAUUUAUAGAUUUUUUUGUUUGGUUUUUGUCGAAAAUGUUGUUUUAUAUCAGUGAUCUUCCCCUCCGUCUGUGAUAUUGUGUUAGACUUGUGCUUUUCUAUAGGCUGAUAUAAAUGUGUCAUUUGUAUUUGAUAGAGAAUAUAUCCUAAUGCAGGUUAGAGUCUGCAAGUGACUGACAGUGUAACAUUUUAAGUCAGAUCGAAUACUUUAAUUGGAUGUUAGGCAGAGACCAGAAAGAAGCAAGAAAAUAUGAAGUCACUAGUGCCAAUUUGUGUCCUCUGCUGUCUCAUUUAUCCACAUUUGUUCGAUAUUCUCAGUUCAGACUGUAUGAUGGUGCACUUUAACUUGUUAAAUAUAGACCUGGAGCGAUCUUUUAAUUUGUGAUUUCUUUACAUAUCAUUGCCAAAAUAGACUGCUUGCAUGCGUGGUAACCAUUCCUGACAAGUGAUUCAAUCUCCAUUCUCUCAGAAGUUUCCCUUAGUUCUCUCUCAUUCCCGCUCAUUGUAAUUGGCACUUGGAACAAGAUCAAAGUUAAAUGGGUAAGAACAACUGCAAUUGUCUCAGGACAUUGUUUUAUCUUUAAGGUAUUAUAAGACUCCAUAGCCCUGCCGCCUUUUUUUUCCUUGAUAUUGUUUUAUUGUCUUAUAAGCAAUUUAUAUUUGUAACAUCUUUAAGUUUAUUUUUAUCUGUGACAAAAAAAAGGUGAAAAUGGUUAUGCACACUGUACCCAAGUAUGUAACAGAAUAUCAUACUAAAUAAUAACCACUUUCUCAAAAAAAGAAAAGAAUUAAGUGUC